AAGUAUACGAUAUCAUCACAAACAAGCGUCGCUUGUUGAAGUCAACACAAGUUCUCCUAGUGGCCAGCGAUUAGCUAAUCACAAUGGCUGCUUUUAUGAAACUGACAUGUUUAGCCAUCCUAUUGAGCAGCACCUACGCCGGCAUCCUCCAUGGUCACCAUCACGAUGACCAUUCAUCGGGUGGAUACCCCUCACAUCAUUCAUCAUCCAGCUUCUCUCCCAGCAGUUUUCCCGCUGGAUCACUACCAUCAGCCACUUAUUCUGGUUCAGGGUUAAGCCACGGUGACUACUCUCAUGGCAGCAGCAUCCUUGACACUUCAUUGUCUGGUUCUCAUGGACACCACGGACUUGGUGACUCUGGAUACAGUAGUUCCUCUAUCGGAGGUGGUCACGGAUUCAGUGGUAGUCACGGAUUGAGCGUUGGUUCCGGAUUGGAUAGCCACGGACUAGGUGGUUCCGGAUUGGGUGGCCACGGACUAGGUGGUCACGGAUUGGGUGGUCACGGAUUUGGUAGUGGUUCUGGAUUGGGCAGUGGUUCUGGAUUUGGUGGCCCCAGCUACAGCAGCGGAUCUUUAAUUGGAUCACCCAGCAUCGGCAGUGGACCUGGAAUUAGUGGACCCAGUUUCGACGGUGGCUCUGGAAUCAGCGGUGCUGGUCUCGGUGGACCCGCUCUUGGUGGACCCGCUUUUGGUGGAUCUGGACUCGGAGGGCCCGGUUUGACUGUUCCCGGAGGUGAUGCUCCACCCCCAGGUGCCAAAGCCCCUGUCAUUGAAGAGAUCCACGGUCUUGCUAAUGGCAACGGUGCUCCUACUCAAUACCGCAUCCGUGAGGAGCCCUACCAAGUAUUCAGGGAAGUUACCCACAGAGUGCCCCAGCCUGUGCCUUACCCCGUGCCCCAGAGGGUCGAGAUCCCGGUGCCCCAGCCCUACCCCGUUCAAGUCCCAGUCGUCAAGAAUGUGCCAGUGCCAGUCGUAAAGAUUCAGCAAGUAAAAGUUGACAAACCAGUGCCCUACCCCGUCGAGAAGAUCGUGAAGGUCCCAUACGAGAAGAUUGUAAAAGUACACGUAGACAACCCUGUCCCCGUUGAGAAGAUUGUUGAAGUUCCAGUCGUAAAGCUGAUCAAGGUGCCCGUACCAGUUGUAAAGAAAUACGCCGUCCCAGUCGUGAAGACUGUCCACCACAAGGCUCACAGCCACGGUCAUGGACACAGCAGUCACGGACACAGCAGCCACGGUUGGUCCAGCUGGACUAAGGACUGGUCAGCUGCUGAUGAUGAUGAUGAUGAUGAUAAGGACAUAAAGCUAAAAGCCAUGGCAUUUGUUGUCAAAAUUCUCUUCCUGUCAGCGCUAGUGUACAGCACUAAUGCCGGAUAUUUAAAUGGCCAGCACCAAAGCCCUGACUCAUUCCUGUCAUCUGCGUUAAAUGCACCUUCAGCUUCGUUUGCACCUUCAUCCACAUAUGGAGCACCUCAUGGAGGCAGUGGCCCUCACCACAUUGAAGAGUCAGUAGGAGAUGACCAUGGUCCAGUUCUCUCUGGAGCAUCUCUUCCUGGAAUAGGCUCUAUUGGUGGAUCCGGUGGAUUCGGCGGUCACUCUCUCGGUGGUGGUCAUGGAUCUGGACACAGCUCUGGACAUGGUCCCAGCCCAGUAUAUGGACCACCCGGCCAUGGAUCUGGACUCGGCUCUGGUCAUGGUCCCAGUCCAGUAUAUGGACCACCCGGCCAUGGACCUGGACUCUCCGGCCCUGGAUACGGUUCUCUUUCAUCCGACCUCUCAGUUCCCGGACCAUCUGGUAACGGAUACUCUGAGGGUAGCCUCCUUCUCGACUCGAAUCUGCCUGGACCUGGUGACAAUAGUGGUAGCGGUCUUGGCCCUGCAACUCUUGGAGCCCCGAGAGUCAUUGGAACAACAGUCAGCGUCGGCCGCCCAGUUGCUUCCGCAACCAGAUACGAGUUGCAAUCUGUUGUGCAAAAUGUCGUUCGUCGUAUCCCUGUUGAGGUGACUCGUCACAUCCAACUCGCCGUGCCACAGCCUGUACCUGUGCCCGUCCGUCAAGAGGUCAAAGUUCCCGUGCCACAGCCCUACCCAGUCCAUGUUGACGUUGUGAAGCACGUUCCCUACCCCGUAUACAAGACUGAGCACGUGAGCGUUGAGAGACCAGUGCCCGUUGAGGUCGUCAAAGAAGUCCCAGUUGAGGUCAUCAAGAAGGUGCACAUCCCUAUUGACAGGCCGUACGAAGUAAUCAAGAAGAUCCACGUGCCCAUUGAGAAGCACGUGGAGGUUCCCGUCGCCGUGUGGAAGCCAUACCCACUCCACAUCAUCAAGCACGUCACCCACUACAAAAAGAAGAGCUGCUGCUGGUAAGGUGGUGCCUUGCUCUUCAACCAGCUGGCGCCAGCCAGCAACAGUCGUGAUCAUACCAAAUAGUCAAUAGAAUUGUAAAUACUUUGAUAGUCAUUAGUUUGUACAUGUAAAUAGAUGAAUAUAAAACGUAUCGUUUUACAAUCGA